UAUCCGCUUCAGGCUCCCCCAACCUCGUCCGGCGUCCUCACACAUAACGCCUCCCGCCCCUCCUCCCGAGACCCUUACGGGACGUCCCAGUGACGGUGGAAACGGGAAGUUCCCCUCCGCCCCCUCCUCCGCGCCCACCUCGCUCGCGCGAGAUCCUGCGUGCUUGUGCGUCUGCGCUCCCGGCCGGCCGCCGCUCCCCGCGCCGCGCCGAGCCGAGCCCUCCAUCGCCGCUUCCGCCUAUCCCCGGCGCGGUGAAGGGGACGGCGCGGAAUUCCCGCGAUCGCCGGCGGCCGCGGAGGCGGGAGCAGCAACGCGGAGGCGGAGGGCGCGCAGGCAGCCGGCAGCAUGUCGCGGCGGCGGCACAGCGACGAGAAUGAUGAACAACCCCACAAAAGGAAGAAGACUUUGCAAUCCAUUGAAAUUGAAGAUCGGAUAGAAUCUUUGAUAUGCAGAGUAGGAGAAAAGAGUACCUUCUCAUUGGAAAGCAACCUGGAAGGCUUAGCUGGUGUUUUGGAGGCUGAUCUUCCUAACUACAAGAGCAAGAUUCUAAGAAUUCUUUGUACAGUUGCGCGUCUGUUUCCUUUGAAAUUGACGGUUUAUACAACAUUAGUUGGACUACUUAAUGCCCGAAAUUACAACUUUGGUGGGGAAUUUGUGGAAGCCAUGAUUCGUCAACUUAAAGAAUCUUUGAAAGCAAACAACUAUGAUGAAGCUGUGAUUUUGGUCCAUUUUUUAUCAGAUUUGGUGAAUUGUCAUGUAAUAGCUGCUCCAUCAAUGGUAGCUAUGUUUGAAAAUUUUGUAAGUGUAACUCAGGAAGAAGACGUACCUCAGGUACGACGUGAUUGGUAUGUGUUUGCAUUUCUGUCAUCUUUGCCCUGGGUUGGAAAGGAGUUAUAUGAAAAAAAAGAUGCAGAGAUGGAUCGCAUCUUUUCCACUGUUGAAAACUAUCUUAAAAGACGUCAAAAAACUCAUGUUCCAUUGUUACAAGUGUGGACUGCUGAUAAACCACAUCCACAAGAAGAGUAUUUAGACUGCCUUUGGGCCCAGAUUCAGAAAUUAAAAAAAGAUCGCUGGCAGGAACGGCACAUCCUGAGACCAUACCUUGCCUUUGACAGCAUCCUCUGUGAAGCCUUGCAGCACAAUCUGCCUCCUUUUACACCACCACCUCACACGGAGGACUCGGUGUACCCAAUGCCAAGGGUCAUCUUUAGGAUGUUUGAUUACACUGAUGAUCCUGAGGGUCCUGUUAUGCCAGGCAGUCAUUCUGUGGAGAGAUUUGUGAUAGAAGAACAUCUUCACUUCAUCAUUAAAUCCCACUGGAAGGAAAGGAAGACAUGUGCUGCACAACUAGUGAGCUAUCCAGGAAAGAACAAGAUCCCCUUGAAUUAUCAUAUAGUCGAGGUGAUCUUUGCAGAACUAUUUCAGCUUCCUGUACCCCCUCACAUUGAUGUUAUGUACACAACACUUCUUAUUGAACUGUGCAAGCUUCAGCCUGGUUCUUUACCCCAAGUUCUUGCACAGGCAACUGAAAUGUUGUACAUGCGUUUGGAUACAAUGAAUACUACGUGUAUAGACAGGUUCAUUAAUUGGUUUUCCCAUCACCUAAGUAACUUCCAAUUCCGUUGGAGUUGGGAAGAUUGGUCAGAUUGUCUUACCCAGGAUUUUGAAAAUCCCAAGCCAAAAUUUGUAAGAGAAGUACUGGAAAAAUGUAUGAGGCUUUCAUACCAUCAGCGCAUAUUAGAUAUUGUUCCUCCAGCUUUUGCUCCUCUGUGUCCAGCAAACCCAACGUGCAUUUACAAGUAUGGAGAUGAAAGUAGCAAUUCUCUUCCAGGACAUUCUGUAGCCCUCUGUUUAGCUGUUGCCUUUAAAAGUAAGGCAAGUAAUGAUGAAAUCUUCAGCAUUUUGAAAGAUGUGCCGAAUCCUAACCAAGAUGAUGAUGAUGAUGAAGGAUUCAGUUUUAACCCAUUGAAAAUAGAAGUCUUUGUUCAGACUCUGCUUCAUCUUGCUUCUAAGUCUUUUAGCCACUCUUUCAGUGCUCUUGCAAAGUUUCAUGAAGUCUUCAAAAUGCUUGCAGAAAGUGAUGAGGGAAAGUUACAUGUUCUGAGGGUCAUGUUUGAAGUCUGGAGGAAUCAUCCCCAGAUGAUUGCUGUAUUAGUUGAUAAGAUGAUUCGAACACAGAUUGUGGACUGUGCUGCAGUAGCAAAUUGGAUCUUCUCUUCAGAACUCUCUCGUGAUUUUACUAGGUUGUUUAUCUGGGAAAUUUUACACUCCACAAUUCGAAAGAUGAACAAACAUGUGGUGAAAAUCCAGAAAGAAUUGGAGGAAACUAAAGAAAAACUUGCAAGACAGCACAAACGGCGUGAUGACAGAAGCAGUGACAGGGACGAUGGGGCAUUAGAGGAGCAAAUAGAACGUCUGCAGGAAAAAGUCGAGUCAGCUCAGAGUGAGCAAAAGAAUCUUUUCCUCGUCAUAUUUCAGCGCUUUAUCAUGAUACUGACAGAACACUUGGUACGAUGUGAGACGGAUGGGACCAAUAUAUUAACACCUUGGUACAAGAACUGUAUAGAGAGGCUACAGCAGAUCUUCUUGCAGCAUCAUCAGAUAAUCCAACAGUACAUGGUGACCUUGGAAAACCUUCUCUUUACUGCUGAAUUGGACCAUCAUAUUUUGGCUGUAUUCCAACAGUUCUGUGCUCUGCAGGCCUGCGGAUUUUUUCCUCCUUCGAGUUGAGACUUUAACAAAACAUAUAUUUUUAAAUAUGUCAUUUAUUUUGGAUCGUUUGAAUGAAUGUUGGCUUCCUGGUAGCAUUUUGUUUACUUCCCUUCUUUCAUUUAUUAGGGAAAAAGGAAAGGGGAAAAAAGUAAAAAUUGGUAAACACCUCUGCUUAAACCUAAAACCCAAAUGAUUUCCUAAAUACAAUAAUGUGAAGCUGACCAUAGGACGUCAUAUAAAUGUGACAGAAAUGCAACUUUUUUGUGAUCAAUUUGAUAUAUUUUCUCUAGUAAGGCACAAGAAAAGUACUUUCACUUGAGGCAUGUCAAACACUAGAAAAAAGAACUCAUGAAGUAGAAAAGUUGGAUUUCUUUUAUUUACCAAGCAGCAUAGAUUUUCAUGGUUCCUGGAUAAUUUGACAAAAUAUGGUUGAAAAAAUAAAAUUGAAAUAUGUUUUUUAA